GACUUGUUCUUGUUGAAUGGAGAAGGGAGCCUGGUGACUUCGGGGCGGAUUGGGUCACACUCUCAGCAAAGAAGGGGUGAAAAAAAAAAAAAAAAGCCGGAAGCACAGUCCUGCAAACCCUCGGAUAUCUUUUGUGCGAACCCGUGGAACUUGAAACACACUUUGGCGAACUUAUUUGUGCGUUGUACGCAAUGUUUGGUGACUUGCGAGGUGUAUUUCUGUACACUUAUCAGGCUUCGUUCGCCUUUUGACUGACGUCACCGCUCGGACCCAACCCGUUGUCGUGUGUUGCGUGUAUACUUUGCAUGUUAUUUGACUUUUAGAACUUGUAUUAAGUGUAAACCUUGCAUUUUUAUAGUUUCAUUUUAUUGUUCGAUUAUUUAUUUGAAACGGGUCCUCCUUGCGGUACAAUGAUGCGCCUGCCCAAAGGCGUUUCUCCGGCGUCGGGACUGCCGUGCAGUCAACCCAAGAUGAAGCUCCUGGCCGGUGAGUUCUUCAGCACCGGCUUGUCCAGCCCGCCCUUGAGCACGGUACCGGUGGGCUACUUCAGCCAGAUCUGCCCCAACACCGCCGCGGCGGAACAAAGAGCGCACAGCCUCUACUCGACCCCCCACGGACCCGAUCAGAAGCCCAUCAGAUCGACUACCGGACGGCUGCCGGCUAAAAGGAAGUUGGAUCUUGAAGACCCAGUUUUCCUCCCUGAGUUCCGCACCCCAAAAGGCAAAGGCGGCUUUGCGGCGAGUCCAAGAAGUAAGAACUUAACACGGUCCAUUUUUUAUUUGAGGGUACUAAAGAGUGUUUGCCUUUCAGCUCCAAAGUCGCCAGGUGAGCGGACGAGGUAUGACACCUCGCUGGGUCUGCUGACCAAGAAGUUUGUGGGCCUCAUUGCCAAGUCCCCUGAUGGCGUCCUGGACCUGAACUGGGCCACGGAGGUGCUGGAGGUCCAAAAGAGGAGGAUUUACGACAUCACCAAUGUCCUGGAAGGAGUCCAGCUCAUUCGGAAAAAGUCAAAGAAUAACAUUCAAUGGCUGGUUGGAGAUGUGUUUGAAGGCGGCACCAGCGGAGGAGCGAAGGCCCGAGCGCUGCAGAAAGAGCUCGGAGACCUGGAGCGAGCCGAGCGAUCGCUGGACGAGCUCAUCCACUCGACCGGCGCGCAGCUCAAACAGCUCACCGAGCACAAAGACAGCCAAAGGCUGGGCUACGUGACGUACCAGGACAUCCGCUCCAUCGGCAGCUUCCGAGAGGAGACGGUGAUCGCCAUCAAAGCUCCCUCCGAGACCAAGCUGGAGGUGCCAGACGCGGCGGGGGGCUCGUUACAGAUCUAUCUGAAGAGUAGUAAUGGUCCAAUAGAAGUCUACCUGUGUCCAGAGGAGGGUCUCGAAGACGCCAGUCCGGUUAAAAGUUUGGUUACACCAGAAAAGGCCACUGCAACACCGGCCAGCGCCAGCUGUGUCAAAGAAGAACCUGUUGAAGCGAGCAUUUCCACAGCGGCUGCUGCGACCUCCUCCUCAUCAUCAUCUGCCUCGCUGCUGGAUGUGGAGCAUCUGCUGGGUUUGCCCCCUAGCUUGCUGCAGAUGACCGAAGACCAGCUACCCGGCACGUCCUUCUCCACCGACCCCAGCGAAGGCGGCGGCGCUCCCUUUGUCAGCUUCUCCCCGAAUCUGGACCAUAGCGACUACCUGUGGAGCCUGGAGGACGGCGAGGGCGUGUCUGACUUUUUCAACACCUACGACCUCAAUGAUCUCUUGUAAAGAAGAAGAUGACAAUACGGAGUUAGCCCCGCCCCUCCAAAAAGUUGUGGAGUUGAUUUAUUCGUGGCGAAGUCCCACCAACAGGCCGGAAUAUUAGGUACACAUCUAAAAUUUCAUCGGUGGUCUUAUUAAAUUUGCAACAACUCUGCAGUUUAAAAAGGCCGUUUAAAUGAAAACAAAAUGAUGAAUAAUAAUAAUUGGUUUCUCAUUGCAUUUCUAAUUUUGAUAAUCAAUGGACAAUUAAAAAAAAAGUCAUUGAUAAGGAACCUCAAUUUAAUUGGCCUUAUUUUGGCAUCAAAAUAGCAUUAUUGUUUUUUAAUAUCAGAAAUAUGUCCAAAACGGAUCUGAAUCAAUCAUUACAUAGAAUUGAUGAAACAGAAAGAAGAGUUGUAUUAUGUGUUUCACUCAGGAAUUUUCUUUGCCUCCAAACGUCUUGGCAGCCUUUGGCCCACAGGGGGCAGCAUUGUUGUGUGUUAGCUUUAAUUGCCCCUUUGUGAUGCUUUACAGCAGGUUUGAAUCAUUGGAAAGGACGUAAGCUAAAGCCAUAAUACAGCCCACAAAAGGUCAUCUGCAGUCUUUUUGUUAGCAAUGUGAAGUAUUUUCAACUAGUUUUUUUUAGAAGGUGCUGAAGUGUCAUUAAUGCCAAGCUAAUAAUAAGAUCAGGCACUCUUGCUUAUUUGGAAGCUUUGAUUCCAAAUUAGCACAAAUACUAUUGUAUUUCUGAGGAAGUCAUUUGUGUUUUCCAUGACUAUUUGUUAUUAUAAUAUUUGAUAUGUUGGGGCUUUUAGGAAUAAGCUAAUGGUCCUGUCCUAACAAAACUUGAAAGUGUGUUUGGGUGUGAUGUUUUUAUUUUUUUGCCAGCAUGGGCAAAUAAGUCUCAUCAAGUGUGUGCCUGAGUGAAUUUGUUUUAUUACCGGUUUUAUUUUUUUACUAUGUAGAUUCUGAGAAUUUGUAGUAAUUUCAAUCGGCAGUGAAUUAUAGUGUUGUACAUAGAGGAUUUUGUAUUUAUACCUAUUUUUGCUGAAUUGUUUUCAUACGGGCAUUUUUUUUUGUAUGACAUGCGGCACUUAAUAUUUUUGUAAUAAUGUGUUUGAAAAUGCGGAAAUAAAUAAAUAAUGAAGCCAUU